UUCUACGACUUCAAAAACAAUUUAAACGUAAGCUACAAAAUAGAUAAAUUCGUCGAUGGUAUAUCUCAUUAUCAAACUUUAGACGUUAAAAGGAAAUUAAUAUUUUUCGUCCCAGGAUACAAAUCCAAUAUUAACAAAAAGACUGAAGAGAAAAUACGACAAACAUUCAGCAAUCUGGAUACAUACCUUAUCAUAAUAGAUCAUUCAACUUAUACGUCUUCAAAAGGUGGUGUACGAGAUAGUUACGAGAAAUCUGUACAUUACACUUAUCAUCUUGGAAGGGGAUUGGGCAAGUUACUCGUAGAUUUCCAUACAAAAGGAUUCCCUUCAAACAAAAUACAUUGCAUCGGUCACAGCCUUGGUGCUCAAAUGCUCGGCUUCACUGGAACAACGUACACGAGUUUGACAGGAGAAAAAAUAUGGCGUAUAACAGGAAUCGAUCCGGCAGGACCUUGUUUCUCUAACAGCCAAAUAGAAGAUCAAGUUAGAUCAGGUGUUGCUCAAUAUGUCGAAGUUUUUCAUUGUAAUGUCGGUGAAUUAGGAACGACUAGUGUGUUAGCUGAUACAGAUUUCUUUAUAAAUAAUGGGAAGAAGCAACCUGAAUGUCAUGAAGGUUUGAUACCAGGUUAUGGUGCUUCCGAAGCAGCGAAAUGCAGUCACAAAGCAUGUGUAAGAUAUUGGGCUGAAACAGUACAUCAUCCCGGUUGGUAUUUAGCGUGGAAAUGUGACACCUAUAAAGAUUUUGCAAAGGGGAGAUGUGUCCGGAAUGACGUCACAAUAGCUGGGUAUUCUAAUCCUGGUAACGCUACGGGAUUAUUUUAUGCUUCAACUGAGACUUAUGGUGUUGUUUAGAUAGAAAGUGUAAGUGUUUAAGUGUAAUUAUGUAAGCGAGGCUGUACGAGCGUUUGUUAAAAUCAUAAAAGUUGAAGAUUAUAAAAGAAGAAUACCAAAAAAUAAAAUGCCUUUGUAUUGUACCUCAACAGUGGUAGAGCCCGCUUUAACAUUUUCGCACGAAUUUGCCCGGCUCGCUCAGUGACAUACCAUGACCAAACAGAAG